ACUUUUGUCUGUUCCCAGAUUCGAUGCAUAGUAGGGGUCUUUUAUGCCCACAGUGAAUCAAUUAAUACGGAAGCCGCGCCGCUCCAAGCACAAGAAGGAGAAGGCUCCAGCGCUUCGAUAUUCGUUCAAUUCGCUGAAGAAUCGCACUCGCAGGGGCUCCGGCUCGCCACAGAAGCGCGGCGUCUGCAUACAGGUUCGUACACAGACACCCAAGAAGCCGAAUUCCGCGCUGCGAAAGGUUGCCAGGGUGCGGCUGACCAACCAGAUGGAGGUCACCGCGUACAUACCCGGGGAGGGUCACAACCUCCAGGAGCACUCAGUGGUCCUCAUCAGGGGCGGUCGAGUCAAGGACCUGCCCGGCGUGCGAUACCACAUUGUUCGCGGCGCGCUGGACACCGAGGGCGUGACCGACCGAAAGCGCGGUCGCAGCAAGUACGGCGCCAAGAGAGACGCCAGAAUCCUUUAG